AUGAAUAAUCAUUAUUAAUAAAUUUUAUUUUAACUUUAAUUCAUUAUUUUUAAAUAUAUUAUUUCGCUUUUCAUCCUGUUGUAAUAUAAUAAUAAAAAAUUAAAAAUUAAAAAAAAAAUUAAGAUAUAAAAUGUAUGGGAUACAUCAAAAGCAGAUGAUAUAGCAGCGGCUUUUGGAUAUCCGGGUUUAAUACAUAUAUAUAGAAAGUCAGACUAUAUGAUAUAUUUAUCAUAUUUUUAUAUGAGUUUGAUAAUAAUAGUGUUGUUUUUUUUCAUGUUCUUAUAUACUUAUAUAUUGAUAGCGAAAUAAAAACAAAUAAAUUAUCUUUUAAUAAAUAUACAAUAAAUAAUAAUAAAUUUAAUUAUUUAUAUUUUAUAUGUACCAUUCUUGGAUAUUUUUAUUAUUAUUAUUAAUUGCUAAUCAACAAAAGGGUAAAUGAAACUUGCAAUUUAUCCAAAUGAAGUUUGUUGGUCAGGAAUGCAUAUUUUUAAUGGUGCAUGUGGAAUAGUAGGAAUCAGUUUACUAGAAAUAUUUGCAUAUUUAUUUAGUUAUUUAUAUUUUAAUGGAAUAUCUAAUAAUAAGAAAACAAAUAGUGUAUAAAAUUCUAGACAUGUUCUAACUGAUCAUUAUAAUUUAUGUAUUUUAGUUUUUUCAUAUAAUUUUUUGAGUAGCAAAGAAUUUAAUGGUGUACUAAUUGCUAUUUAUUUUAUAGGAAGUAAUCUAGUUUUUUACAUGAUAUAUACUAGAAUGCCUUUUAAUAAUUAAAUUGUGUAGAGAUAUUAAUCUUUAUUUACUACAGUAUAUGUUUGGACUUCUAUUAUGUUAUCAUUAACUUAUUUAACUGAAAAAAAAGUUUUUCAUGGUCUAUUAUAUGCAUGGGCUAUUGGAUUGCCUUUGAUAAUGUUUAUAAUUUUUUGGAUUCCAAUUAAGUAAAAUUAAGAAACCUUUACAAUGAAUGUUAAUAUAAAUAAUUUCACAAGUCCUUAAUAAGUUAUAUAACAUGCAAAUUAUGUCCAAAAAUUAAUAUAGAAUGACAUAUCAAAAACUCAAACAUCCCAUCUAUUAAACGGCUACAUUUAAUUUCAUAAUAAAACAUGUUUAAGUGUAAAUUGUCCAAUGAACAAAAUUAAAUAUAAAUAAUAAAAUUAAAAUUAAUAAGAAAUAUAAAAUAAAGAUUAAAAAAAACUCAAUUAAAAAAUAAUAAAAUAAGAUAAAAGGUAUAUAUUUUGUUAUGAAAUGCUUUCUAAAUUAUAUGAAGCAGCUAUAGCUACUUACCCUUAAGAUGUUUCUUUAAGAAUCGCAUAUUCUGUGUUUUUAAUGAAAGUUUUAAAAAGUAAAUAAAAUGCAAUUAAUGAAAUUACAGAAGCAGAGAAUUUAAAAAUUUCAUAUGAUGAUUUUUUUACUAUAUAUUAAAUAAAAAGAACUUUAGAAACUGAAAUAAAUCAGGCUUUUUUAGAUGGAAAUAUAGAAUAUAGUGAAUAGAGAAAUUUGGAAGGAUAAAUAUAACAUUUAAGAAUAGCUAUGGAAUAAACUGUCUCUUUAUUAAUUGAAUUUUGGAGUCAGUUUUUGGAUGAAAGGCCUGAUUUAAUAAAAUUAUAUGAUAUAGGAUCUAAGCUUUUUCCAUUAAAAUAAAUGGUUGAUCUAAUAUGGAAGAAAUUAAGUAGAAAUUAAGGUGAACAAUUACCUAAACUAUUCAGAAUUUAUUCGAAAUAUUUAAUAGAAAUUUUCAAUGAUAAAUAAUAAGGAAAAGAGCUUUUAGACAAGGCUUCUUAAUUUGAAAAAUCAUAAAUUAAUAGAAGAGAUUUUCAUUUUAAUUAUUCUAUUGAAUAAAAUCUAGAUGGAAAUUAAGAUGCAAUGAUUUUUAUGACUUUGGAUGAAGAUAGAAUAGGUUAAAUAAUUUCAACAAAUUUAAGUUGUGUAAGUCUUUUUGGAUACGCAAAAACAGAACUAUUGAAUAAAAAUGUAAGCUUUUUAAUGCCUUUUGUAUAUGCAAAGUAUCAUGAUUAGAUUUUAAAGAGAUAUAUAGAAACUAAUGAAGGCACUAUGAUUAAUAAGGACAAAAUUGUAUAUGGAAAGAAUAAAAAUGGAUAUGUUUUUCCGAUUACUAUUAAUAUUAAACCGAUUUUUCAGGCUUUAAAAUACGGAAUGGAAUUUAUUGCGAUUUUCAAAAAAGAAAAAAUUGUUAAAAAUUAUGCAGUUGCAAUUGCGACACCUGAAUAUUUAAUAAAAGAUAUAUCUUCAAAUAGUUUAAAUAUUUUAGGUAUCGAUCUUAAAACUAUAUCUUUAUAAUCUGUUUAUUUAAAUAAUUUAAUAAAUGAUAUCUAAUAAUAUAAAUAAUGCUAUUUAAAUAAAAAUGGAAAAUAAAUAGAAUAUACUUUUCCUAAAAUAAAUGAAGAUUUAGUUUUAUUUAAUAAAGGAAAUUAUAUUGUCAAAUUGAAUGUUUGGUUAAUUGAACUUUAAUUUAAAAUUAAAGAAAAAGAUAAAGCAGGUUUUAUAUUUAGAGUUGAAUUAUAAUAACCUAAAAAUAUUAAUCUUAUGAAUUCUAGUAUAAACAAAUCUAGAGUAAAAUAAUAAAAAAAAAAUAGUAUAAAUAGCUAAGAAUUAGAUUCAAGAUAAAAUUACAAAUUAAAUGAUUUUUUAUUUAAGGCCAAAAUAGAUAAGAAUUAUUUUAUUUUUUAAGGAGAAUAUAAAGCAGGAUUGAUAAAUGAAAAUCCUAAUAAUUAAAAUAGUAUAAGUAUAAGAUAUGAAAAUAAAGAUUCAUCCCUAGGAUUAUCAAAUUCAAAUGAAAUAAUAGUAUCUUAAUUAGCUAAUUAAAAAGAAUAAAUUUAAAAUGAAAAUAUUUUAUAAAAUAAAAAAAAAAUAGACUAUGGAUAAGGAUUUAAAACCUUACGUUUGAUUAAAUCUGUUUUACGUGAUAUUGAUAAGGAAUAAUCAAACAUAGAGUUAAGUGAAAGUGAAUUAGAAUAAGAAAAUAAAUAAGAAAAAUAAAAUAAAUUGAACCAUAAAUAAAAUCAAAAUAUUGAUUUAAAUUAAUUUUGCGAAAGUGAUUUAAAUUCUGCUAAAGAACUUAACUAAGAACUAUCUGCAUAAAGUGAGAGUGCUACGGUAUCUUCUUUGAAAUAUUUUUCAAUUUUUGUCAUUAUUUGUAUGAUAUUAAUCGCUACAUUAGAUUUUUCUUUAAUGUAAUUAUAAAUAAGCACCUAAAAUAAUCUUUUGAAAAGUAUUAUUUUAGUUUCAAAUAGAAUGUCUGAGGUAAAUGAAGUUAUUUCUUUAACUAGAGAAUUACUUUUUUUAGCUAAAAAAAUUAGAUAACCCCCAUAGUAUUCUGAAAAUUCAUUAAGUCCUUCUUUUGAGUCAGACGAGAAAGUUUUAAGAAACAAAAUAUAGACUUGUGUAGUUGAAAUAGAAUUUUUGACAAUAAAAAUUUAAGAAAUAUAUUAAGAUUCGAAUGAUAUAGUGAAGAUUUAUUUUGAAAAAGGAUCUUUUUAGGAGUUUUAAUUGUCAUAUAGUACUUAGUAGUUUAUUUCUAAAACUCAUAAUAUUAUAAAGCUUUAACUUUCAGAAAUAAAAGAGUCUUAAUCUGAUGUUUUUUUUAUUUUAUUUAAUGGUUUGAAUGAUUAUUUUCUUUAACUUAAAAACCAAUAUUUUUAAAUAGUCUCUAAUUCUUAAAAGAAUUUCGAAGAAAUUAUAAGCUAGUCUUAAACUUUUCUUUUUAUCUCAAUAAGUGUAAUGUUAAUCUUUUCCCUUAUUGUCACUGUCUUAUUGGGUAAGACUAUGUUUGCAAAGUUACUUAUUUUGAGUGUUUUUUUAGAAAUUCCUGAAAAUACGGCUAAAUAUUUGUAUUUAAAGUGUGAUAAUUUUCUCGCUUAAUUAGGAUCAGAGGAAGAAGAUUAAGUGCAUUCAGAAAUAGAAUUGAAUGUAGACGAAAAAAAUAAUAAUAAUGAUAAGGCAAAUUUUUUAGUCAAAAGGAAAAAAAAAUUUAAAAAUACAGAUAAUGGUAAUAUUAGAUUUUUAUUGAAAAUGCUUAUUGUUGCAGUAUUUAUUGAGGCUUAUUUUAUUUUUAAUUAUAUAUUAGGAAAUAAUAAUAUUUAGAUUAUUAAAGAUUUAUAAUAGGAGUAUAAUUUUACAAAUUUUGUAGAACCAUACUAUUCAUUUACUUAAAAUGCUUUAAAAUAACAUAUAUUUGAUUCCACUUGGACUAUUCUAAAUAGUAAUUCUUUGACUAUUGUAAAUAAUUUAAUUGAUAAUUUAUAUGAAUUUGAUUCAAAUUUACAUUAAGAGCAUGCUAAAAAUAGUGAUCAGCAUAAUAAUUCAGCUAAUUAUUUAGAUUUUUUUAAAAGUGUUAUGUUUGAUGAUGCUUGUAUAGUUAUUGUUUAAUAAAAAGGAGCUUCCUAAACUGAAUGUGAAUAAUUCAGUUAAGGAUUGGUUAGAUAGUUAAUAACUACAGUAUUUUAUUUAGGAGGAUGGGUAUUAAAUAAUAUAUUAUAUUCAAUUGCAUAAAAUAAUAAUUUUUGUACAUUUCAUUUCAGAACUGCUCUAAUAAUUAACAUUUUAGCUUGGAUUACAUAAUUUAUAGGGCAUGGAGUUUUUGAAAAAAGAUCACCUGCAUUAUUAGAUAAUAUUUUAUAUACUUUAUCUGCACCUAAUUUUGUUACUAUUGAAUAUAAUAAAGUUGGUUCAGGCACAUAUGGAACUGUAAUUGCUUGUAUAGAUAAAGAAAACAAUAAUUAAUUAGUGUCAAUAAAGAAAAUAGAAAAAGCAUUUGAGCAUAAUAUAUAUACAAGAAGAACAAUAAGAGAAAUAAAACUAUAAAGAUUAUUAAAACAUGAAAAUGUAUUAGGUAUCACAUAAUUAAUACUUCCAUUAACAAGAUAAGAUUUUAAUGAUAUUUAUUUAGUAUAACCUUUAAUGUAGAGUGAUUUUAGAGAAGUUUUAAAUUCUAAUCAGGAACUAAAUGAAGAGCAUUUAUAAUAUUUUAUGUAUUAAAUUUUUAGAGGAUUAAAAUAUAUUCAUUCAGGUAGAAUAGUUCAUAGAGAUUUAAAACCUAAAAAUAUUCUUUCUAAUUAUGAAGGUGAUUUGAAAAUUUGUGAUUUUGGAUUUGCUAGAUAUUUAGAAAAUAAACUUAGAGCUAAUGAUCUAAGCGAAUAUGUAACUGCAAGAUGGUAUAGAGCGCCUGAAAUAUUAUUAAGUUAAAAAAAUUAUGAUUACAAAGUUGAUAUAUGGUCUGCUGGUAUUAUAAUGGCUGAAAUUAUUAAAAGAAGACCUUUUGUUUAAGGAAUUUCUUCACAUGAUUAAAUUAUUGGGCUUUUAUAGGUUUUAGGAACUCCAGAAAUAUAGAAUAUUAAAAAUAUUGGAUAUAGAAGCAUUUUUUAAUCUUUGCCUAAAUUUGAAAAAAUAAAUUUAAAUAAAAUAUUUCCUUAAGCUUCUGAGUUAGCCUUAGAUUUAUUAAAAUAAUUAUUAGAAUUUGAUCCUGAUCUAAGAUUUAGUGCAUAAUAAGCUUUAGAGCAUCCUUUUUUUCAAUAUUACAUUGUCCUGAAGAUGAACAAUAAAGAAAUGAAGUAAAUCCUUUAGAAUUUGAAUAUGAAUAAUAUGAAUUAGAUGAGGAAUAAUUAAAAGGUUUUUUAUUUUUAUUAAACUUUUUAUAAUUUUUUUUGUUAUUAGAUAUUUUAUAUGAAGAAAUUCUAAUAUAUAAUUUUGAAGAUUUUAAAUAAUAAUAUUUUGAAAAACUAGAAAAAGGAUAAAGUGUUUAUAAUCAUAUUAUAUAAAAAAGUUAAAUUAGGCAUUCGUUUGUACUUAUUUUUUUUUAAUAAAAAAAUAAAUUAUUUAUUUUUUAAAGUCAAGUAUUAUUUAAGAAAAUAAUACAUCGAAAGAUAGUGA